AUGGCCAAAUUUUUCGUAGUCUACACUGUUGCUUGUGAUGCGCAUGAUGCAUUAGGCCAUCUGGUACACGGGGAAGGUGAGUUUCAUGCGCACAACUACCGCUAUUUCCACGUUCACGUCACCUUCCUAACAGUGCUUUCCCUGUCCUCCCGUUCUGGUGAGGCACCGCAAUACUUCUUCCAUUUGAUGUGGACUAGGCUGAAUAGUUGCACAGAACAGGAAAUGGACUGUCCAGAGGAGAAUACUGUAAAGCUCUAUGUGCCAGGAUCUUCACUGCUUCCACGAUGUCUAUCUUCGGGUCCGGGAACAGAAAAGGCAAUCGCCUCAUAUUCGUUUAUUGCUGCUUCCUUCCAACCGAUUUAA